CCAGCGGCUCCAUGGCUGGACCAGACCGUGUCCGUCGAGGCGGCGUUAUCUAAAAACCACGCUCGGGUGUUUAUUAUGGAGCAGCCGAAGUGUUGACUGUGGAAACGGGCUGAGCACAAGUCUGCACAUUCGUUGGCUGCUGCUGAUUAUAAUCUUGACCGUCAUUAUAAUAAUUCGCCUGCAGUCUCUCUAAUCUAAUUUGUCUCGCGCUACGUCUCGCGCGCCGUCGUCGUCGGUUUCCCACGGUGUUCGCGCUUCCCCGUGAAGACAGUCGUCUUCGGGAUGAACUAUGAACGGCGGUGAGCGCGCGCAGCGACGCGGAGACAAUAAAGUGAGUGACCGUAAUCCAUCUGGGAAUCGCGAGGGGAGAUGAGGACCGUGAUGGCUCCGACGAAAGCCGCGCUGCUCGUGUUUCUACACUGGGCGCUGCAGCGCGCGGCCUGUCGCGACGUAGCCCUGCCCAUCGGACCGCUCCACCGCGUCGCCGGCUUCUCCCUGUCGCUGCCCUGCUCCGUGUCGGGCUACGAGGGCCCGCGGACGCAGGAGUUCGAGUGGUUUCUCUACAGGGACGACAGCCGAGGGCGGCAGAUGGGGGUCAUCUCCACCAGGGACAAGGGAUUCCCCUUCAUGCCCUUCCAGGCUCGCGUCCGGAGCGGGGAGGUGAGAGUGGAGAGGGAUUCCGGAGACAAGGUCCGGCUGGUGAUUCAGAGGCUGCGGCCUGAAGACCAAGGGGUGUACGAGUGCUACACCCCAAGCACCGACAGCACCUACCAGGGCAACUACAGCGCCUCAGUGACAGUCAAAGUGAUUCCCGACACGCUCCAGAUCAGCUACUCGCGCUCGCUCACCGGCCAGCCCGUCCCGGAGGGGGCGGAGCUGGCGCUGACGUGCUCGGCCAGCAUCCAGUCGGAGCAGCUCACCCACCUGUCCGUCACCUUCGGGAAGCGCGGCGGCGGCGGUGGCGGCGGCGGCCGCGAGGCCUCGCGGAGCCGAGCGGGAGCGGAGGUCAGCACCGUCAGGGAGAUCAUCUCCAUCGACAACAGGCUGGCGGUGGUGCCCGGACACUCGUACAAGACGCGCUACGACGACGGAGACGUCACGCUGGAGAAGAGGAAUGGCGACGGCGGCCAGGGGGUGUACGUGAUGAAGAUGAGGGCGCUGCAGCCGGACGACAGCGGCUCGUACUUCUGUGAAGCUUCACAGUGGAUUCGGGAUCCCGACCGAUCGUGGCAGAAGAUUGCACAGAGGACGCUGGAUAUUGGCAACCUGACUGUCCAGCAACUAGCCGAGUCUCUCAGUGUGGAAUCCUCACCUAAAGGGGAGGUGACCCCGCAGAUCGGCUCUCCUCUCACCCUGACCUGCCAAGUGAUGGGGCUGCCUGCUGAGGUCAAGUUCGGCCUGCUGGUUCAGUGGAUGAAGAGGGGCUCCGUGGGCAGCAGUGUGGCGGCUGGGGGAGUGGAGGUGGAGGUGGCCCGGAUGAGCCCGGAUGGCGCUGUGAGCUGGGGCGACGACCUCAGCAGAGCCAGCGGCGGCUCUCUGGAGAAGGUAGCCGAGGGGAAGUACUCCUUGAAGCUGUUCUCCGCCCGGCCCUCGGACUCGGGCGUGUACCGCUGCAUGGUCAGUGUGUUUGCUGGGAGAUGCAACCCUGGCCCGUCCACUCCCGCCACACUCACCCAGAGGUCUGAGGGAAUCACUGUCAACCUGAAGACGGAGCAUGUGCUGGUCGCUGCUGUGGCUCAGCUGCCGCGCGGCCCCUUGUUGAAGAGAGGCAGCACCGUCACCCUCAUCUGCAACGUCACGGUGACGAGCGCAGGCCCCGCCCACGCCCAGGUCAGCUGGCUGCGCUCGCCGGUCCCCGAUCCGGUGGCGCCGAAGGACCGGAGCCCGGCGUCGGACCCGCCCGUUGCAGAGAAGCCCCGGCUGCUGGCCGCUCUCACGCACGACGGCGUGGCCAAGAUCUACGCCAACGGCAGCGAGGUCAGCGUUGACCGGCUGUCGGCCGCCAGCUACAGGCUGAGGGUCCACGCAGCAGCGAUGGACGAUCAGGGCUUGUACGCGUGUCACGCCGAGGUGUGGCAACAGGACCCGCAUGGAAGCUGGUACAACACGCGGGCCAAAGCCGAGUCCAGUACAGUGACCGUGUACCUGUACGCCAGAGCUGCCGACCUGCUGCUCAUCCCGCUGGUGGUCGGCGUCUCCUCCGCCCUGUUCGUGGGCAUUCUCAUCGUGGCCACGGUGACCUGCUGCUUCAUGAAGCGCCUGGCGAGGCAGCGCGCUCGCAAGUAGGCGGCGCGAGGAGCGAGCGGCGCCGCACGCGGGAGGCGGUGCAGGAAACAACCACCGAUGCCAAAAAAUUCACUUUAUUUUACCCUGCACAUCUAUUUUUGUAUCCAAACCUGACACAACGUAUUUGCGCGGUUGCUGCAGAUGUUCUGUGACACGGUCCGGAGUCCAAAGGGCGCUGCAGUAACUUUGCUGCUGCUUGUGCUUGUGCUUCAUAGUUGCAGCGUGUUGUCGCCAGAUGCUGCUCAUCCUGUCAGAUACCGGCAUAGUUACACACUCGACCGUUCACGUUGCUGUUUGGGUUCCUUCCUCGAACGUGGUGUUUUUCUUUUCCGAUACGUGAUCCACGACGUGCACGUGUGCGUGCGUGCGUGCACGGCUCGGCCUCUGGCACCGCCCCCGACGGUCACGUGAAUGCUGAUGAGCCGAUCCGCGAAGGGAAAGUCGGUGUGAGCGUGGACCUUUCACUGCCUGCAGCCCAGCGCCACUCUGCAUGUUAACAAAGCUCCUGUGUGUUACUUAAUAAGGAAGGCGCCGACUGAGGACUUUCUGAGGCCAAGACCAACUGAGUACACACUUUUAAACACGAGCUUUUCUCAGCUGAUAUUCUUUAUGCUGGUGGCUUUUCUACACGAACCUGUAGAGGUUUGACAAAGAGAAAUGGAAGAAAUAUCCAUUGUGCACUGAGUAUGUGAAUACUUUAUGGAGUUUUGGCUGUUUUAUUUUCUUAAUGUAAGUGAAAAUCCUUUGUGUUUGAAAUGUUACAGCGGUACCUUAUGCUCCUUUAAAGCACUUGUAUACAAAUGGGACUGGGACCAAAGCCCCUUCAUUUUCUUCUCUUACUUGAUUUCUUCCAGCUGUGUGUGUGUGUGUGUGUGUGUGUGUGUGUGUGUGUGUGUGUGUGUGUGUGUGUGUGUGUGUGUGUGUGUGUGUGUGUGUGUGUGUGUGUGUGUGUGUGUGUGUGUGUGAGAGAAUAAUGCUUUUGUUGCUCUCGACAACUGGAACUGUAAAGAAGGCUUCCCUGUUUAUGUCACUGAGGAAAGGAGGUUGUUGUGUUGUUCAGGUUGUGAAGGAUUCAUGCCUCCAGGGUGAGGCUUUCCGUAGAGACAUGUAUCCAAGCUCAGCCGUAUCAAUAGAUAAUUUAGCGCAGCCCUCGUCAUAGUUAUCAUGCGGUAGAGGCCUCACAUUUCUGCUCUCUCACACUCUCUGUCGGACAGAUUUACAGUGUCUGAACAAUUAAAAGGAGCAAUUCUCUCCUCCUCUUCCUGUUAGACGUAGCAAUUAGGCAAAGUUUUGGUCAUGCAUAUGAUAAUUUAAGGUUCUUCAUGGAAACGAGGAGGAAGGUGGAAUUUGUUAUUAUGCAGUUUGUGGCUUUCCCCCUGAACAUGUUUGGUUUUUUCCAGUUUUUCUGAAAGUCUGGCUUCAUUGUCUCUAUUGUCUGCGUCCCGUUGGGUCCCCUCCACGUCCUCCCCAACCUGUGCUCUAAACCCCGAUUAUAAAUGUUGCUCACGAACAUUAGGGAAUAAAAUCACAGCUCAGCCCGCUUCCUGAGCCACUUUGUUCCAGAUCAAGCACUCAAAGCUGAUUUGUUCCCCCGCGUUCGCCCGCCACACGAUUACACCAUUUCACACGUAUCCACACGACGCACGUGCUCUCGGCGGCAGCGCGGGUACGGUGGCAUUUCAGACGCCAGCGAGCGAGUAUCUGCGUGUUCAUCUCUAAUCCCUGUUUAUGGCGCUGCCCUUCCCCCCACCCCAGUGCGUUACAGUCACCGUGGCUCAUCCAUUCAUGUCACUCUGGUAUAUGCAGCCAAAGCAAGGAAAGAAUGAAAGCUGUGCUCUUUAGCUGAUGUGAAGAUGACUCAGAGCCUUUUGCGAAGGUGGUUGUUCACUCAUGCAUCUUGUUGCCACUGAAAUAUUAAAAGGCUGGUUAUUGCUCAGUUUGUUCCUUAUGGUGCUUUGGCAAAGCUGCCAGUUGAAUAAACCACUCUGGAUUUAUAA